AGACAUCAGCAAGAAUCAAAUAUCUGACAUUGCGCCUGAUGCAUUCAAAGGCUUGAAAUCUCUCAUUUCAUUAGUGCUCUAUGGAAACAAGAUCACAGAGAUUCCCCAGGGCCUUUUUGAUGAUCUUGUGUCUCUGCAACUGCUGCUUCUCAAUGCCAAUAAGAUCAACUGCCUGAGGGUAAACACGUUCCAAGGUCUGCAUAAUCUCAAACUGCUAUCUCUUUAUGACAACAAACUGCAGACCAUCAGCAAGGGGCUCUUUGCACCUCUCCGAUCGAUCCAGACUCUACAUUUAGCUCAGAACCCGUUUGUGUGCGACUGCCAUUUGAAGUGGCUGGCUGAUUACCUGCAGGAUAAUCCGAUCGAAACCAGCGGCGCUCGGUGCAGCAAUCCGCGUCGCCUUGCCAACAAACGAAUCAGCCAGAUCAAGAGCAAGAAGUUCCGCUGCUCAGGGUCAGAGGAUUACAGAAGUAAAUUCAGUGGGAAGUGUUUCAUGGACCUUGUCUGUCCUGAGAAGUGUCGCUGCGAGGGAACAAUCGUAGACUGCUCUAACCAAAAACUCACCCGAUUACCCAGUCAUCUGCCCGAAUACACGACUGACCUGCGUUUGAAUGACAAUGAUAUUUCUGUUUUGGAAGCUAUCGGACUCUUCAAGAAAUUGCCCAACCUCAGAAAAAUAAAUCUAAGCAACAAUAAGAUCAAGGAGAUCCGAGAAGGCACAUUUGAUGGAGCUUCUGGAGUGCAGGAACUGAUUCUGACGGAGAAUCAACUGGAAUCAGUGCAUGGACGAAUGUUUAGAGGCCUCACAGGGCUAAAGACAUUGAUGCUGAGGAGCAAUUCUAUCAGCUGUAUAAACAACGACACCUUUGCUGGACUGAGCUCAGUGAGGCUUCUUUCUCUGUAUGACAAUCACAUCAGCACUAUCACUCCUGGAGCCUUCAGCACCUUAGUCUCUUUGUCUACUAUUAAUUUGCUGGCUAACUCCUUUAACUGUAAUUGCCAUUUGGCCUGGCUGGGAAAAUGGUUGAGGAAGAAGAGAAUUGUCAGUGGAAAUCCACGCUGCUUGAAACCCUUUUUCUUAAAGGAUAUUCCAAUCCAAGAUGUAGACGUCCAAGACUUCACCUGCGAAGGUAAUGAUGAAAGCAGCUGCUUGCUUCAACCUCCUUGUCCCUCCCAGUGUACCUGUGUGGACUCGGUGGUUCGCUGCAGCAACAAAGGGCUGCGGGUGUUGCCCAAAGGAAUUCCCAAAGACGUGACUGAGCUAUACCUGGAAGGAAACCAUCUGACUGCUGUGCCGAAGGGGCUCUCCACCUUCAGACACCUGACACUGAUUGAUUUGAGCAACAACAGCAUAAGCGUAUUGGCCAAUUACACCUUCAGCAACAUGACUCAGUUAUCAACACUCAUCUUGAGUUACAACAGACUUCGGUGCAUUCCAGUUCACGCGUUCAACGGGCUCAGGUCUCUUCGAGUGCUGACACUCCAUGGAAAUGAUAUUUCCAGUGUUCCAGAAGGCUCCUUCAAUGACCUGGUAUCCCUGUCCCAUCUGGCUCUGGGUACCAACCCCCUGCACUGCGACUGCAGGCUGCGCUGGCUCUCGGAGUGGGUGAAGGCGGGGUACAAGGAGCCGGGCAUAGCCCGCUGCAGCGGCCCCGACACCAUGGUGGACAGGCUGCUGCUCACAACACCCACGCACCACUUCCAGUGCAAAGAGCCAGCAGAUAUCAGUGUUGUGUCCAAGUGUAACCCCUGCCUCUCCAAUCCAUGUAAGAACAAUGGGACAUGCAACAAUGAUCCAGUGGAGUUUUAUCAGUGCACUUGCCCUUUUGGCUUCAAGGGUCGAGACUGCAGUGUGCCCAUUAAUUCUUGCAUUCAAAAUCCAUGUCAGAAUGGAGGGACCUGCCACCUCACCGAGGCAAAUAAAGAUGGAUUCAGCUGUUCUUGUCUCCUUGGGUAUGAGGGGAAGAGGUGUGAAAUAAAUCCAGAUGACUGUGAAGAUAAUGACUGCGAAAAUAACUCUACAUGUGUGGAUGGGAUCAACAACUAUGUCUGUCUCUGCCCUCCUAAUUACACAGGUGAACUGUGUGAUGAGGUGAUUAACCACUGUGUUCCUGAUCUAAAUCCAUGCCAACAUGAGUCCAAAUGUCUUCCCCUUGACAAAGGAACCAGAUGCGAGUGCUUGCCGGGAUACAGUGGGAAGCACUGUGAAACAGAUGAGGAUGACUGUGUGGGCCAUAAGUGCCACCAUGGAGCUGCCUGUGUGGAUGCAGUCAACGGCUACACCUGCGUCUGUCCGCAGGGGUUCAG